AUGAUGUCUACUGUUUCCAAGACCAUCAAGUUUAACCCACAGACAGAGAAGCUGCUCACGCUGGGAGCCGGGUGUUUCUGGGGUACAGAGCACAUAUAUCGCAAAGAAUUCGGCGAUAGGAUUACCGAUUAUAAAGUUGGUUAUGCCAAUGGCGAUGAAUCUAAAAAGGAUUUGAAAGAUGCGAUAUCUUACAAAAGGGUCUGUGGUGGUGACACAGAUUUCAAUGAAGUUUUGCAGGUGUCAUACAAUCCCAAAACGGUCGGCAUGAAAGAAUUGGUUGAUUUCUUCUUCAGAAUCCACGAUCCAACGACUUUGAACUCACAGGGUCCGGACACAGGCACCCAGUAUCGCAGUUCCUUGUUUGCACAUUCUCAGGAGGAUCUACAGUUGUUGAAAGAGCUCAAAGCACAGUGGCAACCGAAAUGGAACAACAGGAUAAAAACAGAGGUGGAAAUGAUUCAAAAUUUUUUCGACGCCGAGGAAUAUCAUCAGUUGUAUCUGGACAGGAAUCCAAACGGAUAUUCAUGUCCUACACACUACGUCAGGGACAUGUAG